ACUUCUGACUUCCUACUUCUGGGCCCUGUCAUUACCUCCCCGGAACGGGCCGCCGAGCUCGCUAGUGUCUCAGCCGUGAGCCAAGAGUAGAAACUUUCCAGCGGCCCGUAUGGUAACUUCCGGGAUCUCACUGACUAUGCAAAGUGACACAAGUCUCUCCUGCGCCUGUGGAGCCGAGUCUCUAAGUUUGUAGCUCUCGCCUACACUUUAUAAACCCAGCUCCAGAGCAGCCGAGGGUCUUCUUAGAAUAUGAAACAGUCAGCAAAAUGACAUCCAGAUUUGGGAAAACGUACAGCCGCAAAGGUGGAAAUGGUAGCUCCAAGUUUGAUGAAGUUUUUUCAAAUAAACGAACCACUCUCAGUACAAAAUGGGGAGAGACCACAUUUAUGGCCAAACUAGGACAGAAGCGACCCAACCAUAAACCUGAAAUUGCAGAUCUUCCUAAAAAACCCAAAGCUGACGAAGAUCAUUCAGAAGACCCGUUUGGAUUUGAUAGCGAUGAGGAUUCAAAGCCAAUAUCAUCAAAAAAUGUCCCCCAGCCUAAGAGUACCUCUCAGCAGCCUUUGGAGCAUUCAAGAACAGACGGGUCUGAUAACUUCACCUCUAUACUUGAAACAAAAAAUAAAAAAGAACAGCCUAUUGCUGCUGAAACUGAAGUAUCAUGCAAAUUUAUUUCUUUUGACAGUGCACUGCAUGGAUUAAAAGAAAAAAACACAAACAAAAUUGUGGAAGAUGUUAAAAAGCCCAAGAGAAACACUGCAGGUAUCAUGCCCAGUUUUAAGGAUGACAAAAAUAGUUGUUCUGUUCCAAAGAAAGUCGAUGACGACAAGAAACCUGUUGAAACUUUGAUUUCUAGUUUUGUUACAAAGGCUGAUAACGACACCAAGAAAACGGUGGAUUCAAUAAUUUCUUGUUUUACCACCGAUGCUAGUCCGUAUGACGAUUGGGAUUUUGCCGUUGGAAAAAGAUCUGACUCUCUGUUACAGGAGCAUCCAAAAGAGAUGCUGAAUUCGGUAAUGUUUGAUUGGGAUGUACCAGAAAACUCUAAAACAUCAGACUAUGAGUUAAAUUUCGAUGGAAACAAUGUUUUUGAAAUAAAAUUUGAUAGUUUGGAAGAUAAGGAUCAAAUGGGCAACACUGAAGAGGAAUUGAGUGAGGAUGUUCUACAAAGUGGUGUUAAGCUCGGCAAUUGUAGGACAUAUUGUAGGUCUAACAAGACAAAGCAAUCACAGGGGUCCUCAAAUUUUGACAUGCUGUUAGAUGGAUCUAGUAAUUCAGGAGGCAAACUGAAUGCUUCCGAUAAAGAAAAAGUGAACCCUUUUAACACCGGUUUGAAUAGUGGGACCAGAACAACUGGACGGACUAGAGACUAUACAGUUUUGCAUCCAUCUUGUUUAUCUGUUUGUAAUGUUACAAUACAGGAUAGCCUGGAUCGUAGCAUUGAUGAGUUUACAACCACCCCAACACCGGAUCUAGGAGAAGCAGGACGUCUCCGAAAGAAAGCAGAUAUUGCAACGACAAAAACAACCACCAGGUUUCGUCCAGGCAACACCAAAUCUAAGAAAGAUGCUAAGUUGGAAUUUUUUGGGUUUGAGGACCAGGAUGAAGGUUGUAGUGACGAAGGAGGCUCAAAAUAUGGUCAGUCCAACUAUAGGAUAAAAUAUUUUGGGUUUGAUGAGUUGAGUGAAAGUGAUGAAGAUGAAGAUGAGUGGCAUGUAAAAGAAAGGAAGAGUAAGAAGAAAGCCAAAAGUGCAGUUGUCCCUUCUGCAUCUGUUCCACUAAACUCAGGUGUCGGUGAUCAUUUACAGGACUCGCACUCCACUAAUAAUAUGGAGUUUUCUGAUGAUCCAUAUGCUGUACCUGAAGUGUUUAAAAAGCCCGCCAACAGGCAAAACGAGAAAAACAAAGAAGGCGCCAGAAAGAUUUUUAGUGGACCGAAAAAGUCUCCUACAAAAGCUGUAUAUAAUGCAAGGCACUGGAACCAUCCAGAGGCAGAGGAACGCUCUGGCACACCAACAUUCAAAGUUCAGUCUGCACCAGCAAAACCACCUGAGGCACCUUGUCCAAAAGAUGAUGGCGUGUUCAAGGCUCCUGCUCCUCCCCCUAGAGUGAUCAAAACUGUCACUAUCCCGACACAGCCCUAUCAAGAUAUCGUAACCGCACUCAAAUGCAGGAAGGAGCACAAAGAACUGUACACUGUAGUUCAGCAUGUAAAGCACUUCAAUGACGUGGUAGAAUUCGGAGAGAACCAGGAGUUCACGGAUGAUAUUGAGUAUCUUCUAAGUGGGUUGAAGAGCAGCCAACCCAUCAACACCCGUUGCCUUAGUGUUAUCAGCCUGGCGACGAAGUGUGCCAUGCCGAGCUUUCGAAUGCACCUGAGAGCAAACGGAAUGGUAGCGAUGGUCUUUAAAACACUGAAUGAUAGUCAGCAACACCAGAAUCUAGCCCUUUGUACGGCAGCUUUGAUGUACAUACUGAGCAGAGAUCGCUUGAACAUGGAUCUUGACAGAGCUAGCUUAGAUCUUAUGAUCAAACUUUUAGAGAUGGAACAAGACCCAACCGCCAGACACAUGAAUGAGAAAGAAAUGAACAAAAUAAAAGAGAAGAUCCGGAGGCUAUGUGAAACCGUUCACAACAAACAUCUAGAUCUGGGAAAUAUUACAAGUGGACAUUUAGCAAUGGAGACUUUGCUGUCUCUCACGUCUAAGCGGGCAGGAGACUGGUUCAAGGAGGAGCUAAGACUGCUGAGUGGGCUUGAUCAUAUUGUGGACAAAGUUAAGGAAUGCGUUAAUCACCUUGGCUUUGAUGAAACUGAAGAAAAACUGGUUGCUUUUUUAUGGGGAGCAGAAAGAUGUCUACGGGUCUUAGAGAGUGUAACUGUGCAUAACCCUGAAAACCAGAGUUACUUAAUUGCCUACAAAGAUUCACAACUUAUUGUUUCUUCAGCAAAAGGACUGGAACAUUGUGAAGCAUUAAUAAAGCAAUAUAACCGCGCUGAAGACAGCAUUUGCAUUCCACAGAGUAACCCUCUCCCUCUGCAUAAUGUUAGCAAUCAUGUGGGCAAAGCGGUAGAAGGCUGUAUGAGGGCAAUCAUUGGUGUCCUGCUUAAUUUAACACAUGAUAAUGAAUGGGGCAGCACAAAAACUGGUGAACAAGACAAUCUGAUAAGCACAGCAUUGAACUGCGUUCUUCAGGUUCCUAAGUACCUACCUCAAGAACAGAGAUUUGAUAUUAGAGUACUGGGCUUAGGCCUUUUGAUCAAUCUAGUAGAAUACAGUGCGCGUAACAGACACUGUCUCUUGAAUAUGGAAACCGCAAAUACCUUUGAUUCCUUCUCUGAAGGAGAGGAUGGUUUAGUUGAAGUUGGAAGGCUUGAUGCUGUCCAUGCCUUGGUGCAGCUUUUCUUGGAGCGAGAACGAGCGGCCCUGUUAGCUGAAAGUCAAACAGAUGAGCUUAUCAAAGAAGUUCCUACAUCACAGCAUGACAAGAGCGGAGAAUGGCAGGAGUCAGGAGGGGAGAUCCAGUGGGUUUCUGCUGAGAAAAAUCCAAAUGCAGAGGAACCCCCGAAAAAGGAAGAGGAAGAUGAAGAGCUUGAUCUUAACAAAGCCCUUCAGCAUGCUGGGAAGCACAUGGAAGAUUGCAUUGUGGCCUCGUAUACAGCAUUGCUACUAGGGUGUCUCUGCCAGGAAAGUCCAAUUAAUGUGACUACUAUACGCAGUCAUUUACCUGAUGGAGACUUCUCAAUAAUGACAGAAAUGCUUAAAAAGUUUCUAAGUUUCAUGAACCUUACAUGUGCAGUUGGGACGACAGGACAGAAAUCGAUCUCCAGAGUUAUUGAAUAUUUAGAAAAUUGCUAGGUUUUUAUCGGCAACUGCAGGCUCUCGUUAAUGCUGGAUUUGCCCUAAAACAAAAAGGAAGCCAGUCCCUGCAGACACACUGAGCUCACUCGUGUGCUAUUUAUUCAGAUCUCCACGGCAGACAGGACGCCGGUUUUCUGUUUAUUUGAACAAUUUUGCUAUAAUGACCAGGCUACUGCUGAACCUUUUGCAGUUCACGACAAUGGAGAACAAAGCUGCGGUGCAUCAAGUUUGUUUUGGAAACCCGGCUGUUUACAUGUUGCAGUAUUUAAAUUCUUUUGAGUCCAUCAAAGUCUGCAGGCUUUAUCUUAUUUACUGUUGGUAAGGGGAACAUUUUUGUUCACGGACAGUUACAAAAGAAAAGUAGAAAAACAUGUUGCUGCUCUGUUACUGGUGUUUUUUACCAUAAAAUACUGCAGCCUAUACCAGCCGGUACAAACACAGCAAUCACCGGGCUGCUGUCUGGUCUUAUUUUUGGCUUUGUAAUUGCUUUCAUUAAGAAAUGCUUCCAAAAGUUUAUAAAGUAUAUAAAAAAAAUUAGAGUACUGUAUAGAUUGGUUUGCUUACGUUCUUUGGCUAUUUUGCUUACUUUUUUCUACUAGAUGCUUCCAAUCAUAACAAAAAAAAAAAUUACUGUUUUAAAAAUGUAAUGUAUUUUCUGUAUAUUUUCCCCCUUAAUUUAAAACUUUUCCUAAUGGUUCUUGUUGAGGUAAUUAUGUUAAAUUUGUUUGCAGAGCAUUCAAGCCCCAUAUAAAGUGUCAAGGACAGAAACCCUGGCACACAGGAAUAAUCCAGUUCAAGAUAACAUUGUGUAACUCAAUAUCUCAGUUGUACAUUACGUGCCCGGUUGGUAAAUGGGGAUCUAUUUUUAUAUUUCAGGUGGUCCAUCUCAGGUGUCACCUUUGACUUCUGUAAAUGAGAAAUGUUUCAGGGAGUUCAUUUUGCUUAAACUUUUUUAAAUAUACUUAACCUUCUCUCGCAUCGAAUGCAGAGCUAGAGAAGAAUGCUGUUCAGUGCAGUAAGUGAUGACAAAUUGUUUUUCAGGGGUUCAUGUUUGUGGAUUUGAACUCUUAACAGGAAAACGGCACUUAUCUGAAUGUGCCAGUCUGAUUGGAGCUUGUAGCCAUGCGCCUAAUCCUUUUAAGUAACGAAUACAUUCUCUUUCACCUUUUACCGUGCUUGACAAAUAUUUGUAAAUUUCACUUGUUAAAAUCUCAGUCAGUAAUUGCUCGUAAUACUUAUUCUCAACAAUAAGUUAGAGUUGUGGGACUAUUUUAUGCAGCUGUAAGUUAUGUAUUGAGAUCUAGAGUUUCUCUUCUGCCAGAAGCCCCUCAGAUGUGAUCAGUAACAGCAUGGCUAUUUACAAUAAAGCAAAAUGACAAGAAGCCAUAUGUAUGCUCGGCAGCAGGAAUGCUACAUCUAAAUCUGCAUCGGAGGGCGGGAGUUGUUUAAGUCCAGGAAUAACACUUAGAUGGAAUGGGUAUCUGUGUAUAAAGUCCUUAUGUUCUUAGCAAUAUUUAUAUGUAAAUGUUAAUAAAGGAUGUUCAGAGCAUUAUUUUAGACCAUCUAA